AUGCCCGGUCAACCAGACCUCCCCGAUCCAGCACAUGCCGACGUCGACUCAAUGCUUUCUCGAAAAUUCGGCCGUGAAGUAGCCAAUUACUUCUCGGGCUCCCCUCUAAAUCGCGUCUCGUUCCUGCGCGCAGACCACGGUUUUAUCUCCAAAGCUAUCACUCACCCUUCGACUUCCUUCCUCCUCCUCAAUGACCUAGCUCCGCUCACGAGCGAUCCCUCACAUCUGGCGUACGCGAAUCACGACGAUGUGCGAAAGCUCAUUGGCAAUAAUCCAUUCGAAAAGACGGAGCAAGAAAUGAUCAGCGCAUACAAUAGCAGUAUCACCCUGCCGUUGGUACUGUUUUUAGGACUGGACGAAACAAAGAAGGACGGUUUCGAACAUGGGAUAUAUUCUGGUACACCUUUUUUUGCCAUCGAUGUCACUCCAAAAGGGUCGGUAGAGAAAGAGGCACAAAGUGUUAUAGAGGAAAUGAAAAAAAGGGGAUUGGCAUUUGCGGAAGGACGUUUAAAUAUGACUUUAAACGCCCCAGAAGCUGCCAUUUUUGCCCAGGCAAGGGCUUUAACGGAUUGGAACGCACGAAAUCCAUUCUGUGGAGGCUGCGGUCAACCCACCCUAUCUAUCAAUGCAGGCACUAAACGUGUUUGCCCGCCUACGGAUAUUGCUUCUCUCCCAACAGUUCAAGGCGGCGCAACGACUACUGAAGCUACUCCCCGGCAACGAGAAGCAUGCGUGACAAGAAAAGGCAUUUCCAAUCUUUCAUUCCCACGGACAGAUCCUACCGUCAUUAUGGCCGUAGUGUCUCAUGACGGAAAACGUGUACUUCUAGGUCGUCAAAAGCGCUGGCCUCCUCAUUGGUACUCUACAUUGGCUGGAUUCUGUGAGCCCGCUGAAUCGGUGGAGGAAGCGGUUCGUCGCGAAGUGUGGGAGGAGUCAGGUGUGCUGCUCGGGCGAGUAGUGAUCCAUUCCACGCAGCCAUGGCCAUACCCAGCGAACCUUAUGAUCGGAGCAAUCGGGCAAGCGCUGCCAGACGGAGAGAAAAUUCAUCUGGAGCAUGACCCGGAGUUAGAGGAUGCGAAGUGGGUAGAGAUUGAUGAGAUCGAGGAGGCUUUGAGAGUGGGAACCAGUGGGUUGGGAGAGGCUGCUGGAUCUGAGUACAAAGAAGGCGGGUUGAGACUGCCACCUGCUACGGCUAUUGCUAAUCAGCUUCUCCGGGCUGUUGUUGGGGGUUUCUUGGAUGCUGGUGAGACGAGUAAGAUAUAG